AAUUUGUAAAACUGAAAAGAAGUAAAAAAUAGAAAAAAAAAAAUAAUAAAAAAAAUAUAAACCACUAAAAAGAGUAAUAAUUUUUGCGAAAUAUUUUAAAUAAAUUAAUAGUGUUGAAAAAUAUAAAUUAUACACGACUAACCGCCUAAGCCAUGGAGGUUGCCAUACCCAUUACCAACGAGCUGGAGCAACGCAUCUCCGAUGCCUUCUGCAUCUUCGAUCAUCACGGCGAUAAGCGCAUCGACAUACGCGAAGUGGGCACCGUCUUGCGCUUUCUGGGUUGUGUGCCCACAGAGCAGGAGAUAAAUGAAGUAAUUGCAGCGACCGAAAUGGAGGAAUCCGCUGGAGAUGUGCAUCUCUCCAAAUUUAUGCCGCAUGUGGCGCAAUUAUUAGCUGAAAGAAAAAUGGAACCCGCUUCGCCGGAGAAAAUUCUCGCCGCCUUUCAAAUUUUGGAUCCAGAGCAGAAGACCUACAUAACCAAGGAGUAUAUGAGCAAAAUGAUGAUGGAGGAAGGUGAACCCUUCACACAGGAGGAGCUCGAUGAAAUGCUUGCUGUGGCCAUCGAUCCCAUCACUGGCAAUAUACCGUAUGAGUUUUAUAUCAAUCAGCUGAUGCACCAACCAGCGAAUUCGAUUUAUGAGCUUGCUGCAAGAUAUUGGACUUUAAAACCGAAAGAGACAAAACGCGGCUCCAAAUGGGCCGGCAGUCGAAUUAGUAUUAGAUAAAGUUUUUUCUUUGAAAUUUAUUUAAUAGUAGAAAUAUUUCAUUUAGCAAAAAAUUAUGUAAAUAAAUAUUGUAAAAUUUACAAAAUAA